GGGCUAGCUUGUUGCAGACUUGCAGAAGGAAGCGAGAGUCGAAACGAGAAGCCGGCAAGUAAUUAUUCUUAACGUUUGUUGUUUUGAAUAAUACAACUUACUUAAGAAUGCCCUACGCCAAUCAACCAAAUCUCAAAUUGACCGAACUAACAGAGGAAAAUGUUAAAUUUCAGAUUUCAGACACAGACCUUAGUGUAGCAAACUCUCUGAGGCGAGUCUUCAUUGCUGAAACCCCUACAUUAGCCAUUGAUUGGGUCCAGUUUGAAGCAAAUUCCACUGUCUUGUUUGAUGAAUUUUUGGCACAUCGUGUGGGUCUUAUUCCACUGACUAGUGAUGACUCUGUUGAAAAGAUGCAGUAUUCCAGAGACUGCACUUGUCCAGAUUUCUGUGUUGAUUGCUCAGUGGAGUUCACUUUGGAUGUUAAAUGUUCUGAGGAUGUUACACGCAAUGUCACCACUGCUGAUCUAAAGAGUACUGAUCCAAGAGUGGUUCCAGCUACCUCCAAACGGGAUGAAGAGCCACCAGAUGACAAUGAUAAUGAAAUUUUAAUUGUCAAGCUUCGUAAAGGACAAGAACUCAAAAUGCGGGCAUAUGCCAAGAAAGGUUUUGGUAAAGAACAUGCAAAAUGGAAUCCAACAGCUGGAGUGGCCUUUGAGUACGACCCUGAUAAUUCAUUGAGGCAUACUUUGUUCCCGAAACCUGAAGAAUGGCCAAGGAGUGAAUAUUCGGAGCUGGGCGAAUCAGAUCAACAUGAAGCCCCAUACGAUCCUGAUGGCAAACCUAACAAAUUUUUUGUUAACGUGGAAUCUUGUGGAUCUUUACGACCAGAAAAUAUUGUCUUAAUGGGAAUCGCUAUUCUCAAGAAGAAACUUUCUGAUUUGCAGACCCAAUUGAGCCACGAAGUGCAAAACGAUGCCCUCGCCAUCAACUGAUUUUCCAUUUUGUUCGAAAUAAUUGUAAUGGUUUUGUAUUAAUGCAAUUAAUACACGAAGAAUUAAGUAAA